CUCGAGUCAAGACUGUCAAGUCCACCCUCUCCUUCUCUCACUCACUCUGUAUUAUCAACCCGUAAUUAAAUAGACAGAAAAAGAUCAAGGUGAAAUGGCGCCCUCGACCAAAGUCGCAAAAGCGUCGCGCAUUACUAUCGCUUGCAACGCCUGUCGUUCCCGGAAGCAAAAGUGUAGCGGCAAAAAACCAGUGUGUACACAAUGCCUCCAGCACAAUCGGAUAUGCGACUGGCCCGAACAACUUAAACGUGGUCCCGCAAAGGGCUACAUAGAAUCCUUAGAGCAUCGUCUACAUGAGACAGAAAAUGUGUUGCUUCAAGUGCUGUCCCGGAUUUCAGACACCCAUCUGUCCGCCAGUAUAGCUCAAAAUAAACAACAUAGAUCCAGAAGCAGGACUGGGGACUUAUUGUACUCCCCAUUCCCCCGAUUGGGGAAACAAGGCACAGAGUACUGGAAAAAAUUCCCUCUCAAUAACGCUCAUGAUAUCCGGGAAUGGCAAUAUGAUUGCUUAAGUUACAGGGGAUCUGACCCACUCAAUCAGAGUCUCGGCCCAUCAACGCCUAGCAUUUCUGAUAACGUCAGUCCCCAAUCACCAGGAACGGAGCUUACCGCGGGAACGAUGCUUGGAUCUCAUGAUCAACACGAGACGCCCAAGUACUUACCUUCGGACAUAUCUCUCACUGGCAUGCAUACAAACCGGCGAGGGAAUAGUGUAUCAUUAUCUCCGAAGUCUACAAGUCCAUUGACUCGCAACGUCAGAAUAAGAGUCAGAGAACAACCAUUAGAAAGGACAGUUCGGUCAAUCCAAAGUGUUACCGAACCUGGAGUGACAGGCUAUACGACGCAGGUUCAACCAGAUACCCCAGAGGGACCCAGUAGCAUACCUCAGGAACCCAAUUUCUGGAGUGGGGCGCCUCCUAUCAACUUCCAGCAACAGUUUCUCUGGUAACGGAGAAACUGGGCGUACGAUUUCUGCACCAAAACUGAGUAAGAACGUUCGUCAAGUCUACACUAUAGCUGAUCGAAUCCGUCAUCUAUUAGACUUGAUACAAAUGGUCCAUUCACAUGCAUAAUAAUUAGAUCUAUGGGCCGUACAUUCAGGUUGGU